UUCGUGAGAGGAGAAGUAGUAAAUAAAGAAAUCUCAGACACCGAAACUCUGAGAUCCAAUACUUUGGUUCUGUUCUGUAAAUCGCUUCUUUUUCCUGGAGAUCUGAUCCGUUCCCACCGAUCCCGUCCUGAUAAAACGAUGAUCGAUGAUCAAGACUUGGGGUUCAUAGUCAAUUUCCUUGGCAUCUUCAUCUUCGCAUUGGUUAUUGCUUAUCAUUACGUAGCUGCUGAUCCCAAAUACGAAGCGACUUGAGUGAUGAUGGAUUUUUUGAUGAUAUGUAAGGCCUUUUAGUUUAAAGUUUGUUUCAAACUGAGAAGAGAUAGAUAAUAACAGUCUCUGUUGAGAUUAUAAUGUCGUCAAGAUGUUCCUAAUCCAUUUCACAUCUUUGUUUCAAUUUUCAUUCUCGACCUUGCGGGAGAAUCAAAAUUUUCCCCC